AUCCAGACAAGCUAACUUGCAAAUGGCAGGAAGUCUCACCUCAUCUUCCCCCCCUGUACUUCUGAGAGAUACAGAAAAAAAACACUCAUGCAUACACUCAUACAGGCCGCAUUUUACAGGAAAUUUGCUCGAGCUAGGGUUCAAGAAAAACAGCACGACGAAAUGCCCUUGUCUCAGUUGAAAGUUUGCCUAGGACACCAAACAACACCAGAGAGAACAACAGAUUUUUUUUUUCCAUUAUGGAUGAAACCGGGAGCACAGAAAGAAUGACUUCUUCGAAGAUGUACAAUAUUAGCACAACUUAUAUUUAUUAUUAUUAUGAUGAUGUCACUUCACCUUGCUCUUAUACUCCUGUGUUAAAACCAAUGGCCAUGGCAUCUGUCUUCUUCCUGGUUUUCGUUCUUGGACUUCUGGGGAACAGCACGAUAUUGUGGAUGUUGCUGAAAAUCAUGCGCAUAAAGACCAUGACAGAUGUGUGCCUGCUGAACCUGGCAAUUUCUGACCUGAUCACUGUGCUUUCACUGCCAUCAUGGGCGCUUUACAUAAAGGGACAUUUAUCCAACUCUAAUGCUUUAUGCAAACUCAUGGUUGGUACUUAUCACCUGGGCUUCUACAGCAGCAUAUUUUUUGUGACGCUAAUGAGCAUUGAUCGCUACCUGGCCAUUGUGCAUGCCGUAGCAUCUUUGGGAGCACGGACUUUGCGUUAUGGUAUUGCAGCCAGUCUUGUCAUCUGGACUAUAUCCUUCUGUGCUGCACUCCCAGGGGUCAUUUUUCACAACAUGAUUGAAAGUUCGGAAAACAACACACAGUGUGAGUGGGAUUACAGGGAAGGCUCAGUCAAGACGUGGAAGCUAUUCCUUAAUUUUGGCCAAAAUACAGCGGGGGUCUUGGUGUCACUGCCUGUCACAAUCUACUGCUACGUCAGGAUACUCCUAGUGCUUAGAAGGACAAAGAACUCGAAGCGAGGUCGAGCCAUGAAAUUAAUUUUUGCAAUCGUCGCCAUCUUUGUGGUUUUCUGGGUGCCGUACAACAUAGCCGUGUUCCUCCAGACUCUGCAAGACUACGAAGUCAUUGAUGACUGUGAGAUCAGUAAACAUAUAAGCACUGCCCUAACUGUAACUGAGACCAUUGCAUUAUCCCACUGCUGUGUGAAUCCUGUGAUAUACGCUUUUGUUGGAGAAAAAUUCAGGAAAUUUCUGGCCAGAGAGUUUUCAAAAUGGCUACUUUGUGCAAAGUUUUACAAACCGACAUCUAUGUAUUCAAAAACAUCAGAAAAUGAAACAUCCAACACACCUUUAUAAGAGAACUGUAUACAUUGUUUAAAAUAUCUGUAAAUAUUUAUGUAUUUGUUUAACUGCUACAGAAUAUACAGUCAGUUAAACUGUAUAUACACGCUUCUUUUAUCCAUACCAGUUUCCAUAUUAGGGUAUCAAUGCUACCUUGCAACUCCAGGGUUCCUGGUUCAAGCCUGAGCUCUGGUUGCUGUCUGUGUCUGCUUUAACAUUUUAUGUUUUUUUCCCUGGGUUUUUUGGUUUCCACCAACCACCAGUGCAACCACUGUGAGAUGGAAUGGUCCCAUUAAAUGUGUAUUCCCACGUCAUGCUCAGUCGCUCCAGAACACAGUUUAGAUCCAUUGCUACUGUACACUUUGUAGAAUAAACACCAUAUGCCAUUACAUAACUUUUCAAUAUUACUAAAUGCUGCAUUUCCAUAUAAUACUCAUAUAUUACAUUUGCUAUAUAAAUAAUAUCAAAGUCAUAAGAAAAUUAAGCUAAGUCAAUUGUGUUUGACGAAGGUUAAAAAAAAAAAAACAGCUAUAAACUAUAACCACAAAUCCAUUCUCAAUCGUUCAGUCACAGAUCCAUUAUUUAAGACCCAUUUUUAUGUCCGAAUUCAAUUUUUUAAAAGAUUUUUUUCAUAUUUAUUUAAAUGAAUAUCACCUACUAAAUUACGUAUUAAAGAUUAAAACAGGAAGCAAUAAGUCAAGCUGCCAUAACAUUUUUACAAACAAUGAAAUGUACUAUAUUUAAAGCUCAAGGUUCAGUCCUUCCAAUAUUAUCUGAAUGAUGGUUUAUACAGUAUAUGAAUCAUGUAUUAAAUGUACAUGUAUAUAAUAUAAUGAAAAUCAUUUAAAUGGCCAAAUGUGCAUCAUUGGAAACA